AUGUCCAGGAGAAGGCAGAACGAUGAGGAAGAUGAGAUCCAGAUGAAACGACGUCGUGGAGCUCCACUGAUUGGAGAUGUCGAGAAAAAACUCCAAGAAGUUAUUGGAAAAGUCGGAGAUAAAAAUACGGGCUCAUCAAUCGAAGCUAAUCUGGAAAAGCUCACAGCUUUCUUGCAUGACGAUCUCGAAAAAUAUAGAUCCUCAAUUAUCGAUAUUGUUGCUGGAUGUGCCAUAUACCUCCCGAAUCGUGUCACUGUCUAUACUACCCUUGUCGGCCUUCUAAAUGCGAAGAAUUUCAAUUUUGGAGGAGACGUUGUAGAAAAACUGAUUGCUGAACAACAAGAUCUUCUGUUGAAACAAAAAUACCAAGAAGCACAGAAUCUCGCCAUCUUCCUUUGUGAUCUUGGAAAUUCGGGAGUGUUGACAGCUCAGUCCAUCGGAGAAUACUUGGAAAGCUUUAUAGCAGCCGCAUUUGAAGAGAACAUGCCCCAGGUACUAACAUUCCAAACUCAUGUUCAACGGAAAAUAAUUAUUAUUCAGGUUCGAAACGACUACUACAUUCAAACUGUUCUUCGUUGUCUUCCUUGGAUUGGCAAGGAACUAACAGAAAAAGCUCAAGAGCAAAUGGAAAAUAUUGUUGAGGCUGUCGGAAAAUAUCUCGAAAUGAGAAACAAAAAUCAUGUACCUCUUCUUCGUGUUUGGCGCGAAGGAUCUACGGAUCAAGAACAAGAAGAUUAUUUGGAAAGUUUGUCUGCUCAGAUCGAAAAUCUGCGAACAGCAAACUGGAUGCAAAACCAUAUUCCAAGAUAUUACAAUACGUUUGAGGCUGUUCUUCAAGAUGCUCUUCAACAUAAUCUACCCAGUUUCUCUUCUCCAGAACACACUUCCGAUAUGAUCUACCCAUAUCCACUUGUAGUCUUCCGGCUUUUCCAAGACGCUGAUUGUGGAACUGACAGCCAACUUCCUAGUGGUCAUUCCAUUGAUCGUUUUCUUUUCGAAGGCGAAAUCUCAUGGAUCAUUGAGAAGAACCAGUUUAAUCGAAAAUCGUGUGCUCGAGAACUUCUGGCUUUUGCUGAUGAGAAUCCAACAGCACCAGUUGGAUUCCUCAUCUUUGAAACUAUCUUCGGUCAGAUGCUCCGUCUUCCACACGCUCCAUACCCAGCCAUUUUCCACUGUUCUCUCGUUCUCGAACUACUGAAGCUUAAACCUAACGAUUACCCGAAUAUAUUGUGCAAAACUGUGGACUUGAUUUUUAGUCGCGCUGAUUCAAUGCAACCUAUCUGUAUUGACAGAAUGGUAGACUGGUUCAGCUUCCAUCUCUCCAACUUCCAAUAUCGUUACACAUGGGAUGAAUGGAAGGAUUGUAUUUCCAAUGACGAAUUCUCGGGACGCCAAGUCUUUCUGCGAGAGGUAAUUGAGAAAUGUCGUCGCCUGGGAUCCUAUGAGAAAAUUAUCGCGGCCUUGCCAUCAGAUUUCGUCAAAAUUCACCCAGCGUCUCCAGAAAUCAGAUAUCUACUCGACGAAGAAGACGCCAUGAGUCAACGUGCUGAAACAUUCACACAGAUGUUUCAAGAGCGACAGCCAGCGGACGCAUUCCUCAAAGAGCUGAAGUCAACCGAUGAGAAUGAUGAGCUUCCAUAUAAUAUUAACGAAUUCGGGGUUUUCGUCACUGUCAUGCUGAAGAUGGCAUCAAAAACUUAUUCUCAUAACUUUUCGGCACUUUUUAGAUACAAAGACACUCUGAAAACAGUAUGUGAUGCAGCUGAGCAAUAUCAAGAGAAGCUCCUUGAAACACUUUAUUCUUGCUGGAAGUCUAACCAACAAAUGUUGAUGAUCCUCACUGAUAAGCUUCUGAAAAUGCAGAUUAUCGAUUGCUCAUCUGUUGUCGGUUGGUUGUUUGAUGAAAAGAUGUGGCAAGAACACAACCGACAAUGGCUGUUCGAAGUGCUCAAUCAAGCUCUUGAGAAGCUUACCAGACAGAUUAAUGUGGUUGAGAAGGAUAUCAAAGAUUUGACAGAAAAAGUUGAGAGCAAAGAGAAAGUUACUGAAGCAGGAGAUGUCAAAAUGGAAGAGGAAACCGUGGUGGAUGAAAAACUAAAAGGAGAAAUGGAGGAAUUAGAAAAUCACAAAGAAAAAUUGGACAGGAUGGUUUCUUUCCAAAGAAAUCUUUUCAACGAUUUCCUUAUCGUACGUUUAGAACACUUGAGUCCUGCGGGAAUUUACUGGAAAAGAUUUCAGGCAUUCGUUGAAGAAAUCAAAAGUGCUGCUACCAACACUUCCGAGAUGGAUGGAUCAGGCGAUGUCGGGGGAAGUGAAUCGUCAAAGUUUCUAUGGCUCCGUGGAAGAUUCUGCCACGUGUUGCUAGCGCACGCUGAAACACUUCUGAAACAUUCGUCAAGUAUCGCCGAAGAAGUUUUCUCCGAAGGAGCCGAUCCAAAUAUUUCAGAAUGCUUCAAUCAAUUCCAAUCACUUCGUUUCUAA